AUGGAAAACCUGCCCUUUGCCCUCACAACCAGUCCAGGGCCUUAUGGAAAAAAUCAACAUGACCUUCUUGGGGAAUAUCUCAGCAGUAGGAACAGCCACUCUACAGUAGUCAUAACCCCCAUGAACCUGGCCAUUGCCUUCUUGGUCUCAAUGUCCUUCCUGGUGGGAACAGCUGUGAAUGGGCUCUUCCUCUGGUUCGGGGUGAAGAUAAAGAGAACAGUGAACACCCUCUGGUUCCUCCACCUGAUUCACACCCACUUAAUCUGCUCUUGGAACAUGCCUUUCAUCAUCGCCUGCAUCCUUUUUGAUUUACACUGGGCCUUGGGCACAGUUAUGUGCAAGCUUCUCAACACAAUUAUUUCUCUGGGGAUGUUCAACACUGUCUUUCUACUCACCAUCAUCAGCCUGGACUGCUACCUCCUCACCUGCCAUCCCAUCUGGUCCUGGCGCAAGCACACGAUACCCCAGGCACAGAGGGUAAUUGCAGGUGUCUGGCUUGGUUUCCUAGUUCUGAGUGCCCCAUGCUUAGCUUUCUGGGAGACUUGAGAGGCAGAGAAGGGCAGGAUUGUGUGUGUCGAUAAUUACGCCUUCUCCAAUGACUGGGUUGGGGCCAAAACGAAGGCCCUGAGGGAUCGUGUACAUUUGGCUCUCUUUGUGAUUCGGUUCCUGCUGGCCUUCCUGGUUCCAUUCUUCAUCAUCAUGGGCUGCUCUUAUUGGGUGGGUCAAGAAAUGAAGAAAAAAAGGUUGGUGAAAAGGACUGGGAAACCUUUCAGAAUCCUUGUGGCUUCUCUGGCAUCGUUCUUCAUCUCCUGGCUUCCCUACCAUCUCUUCCAUGCGUCGUUGCUCCUUGGAUCCAAAGUGAUAGUAACAGUUCUGCGAGUAAUGUAUACAGCUGGAUUCUGUUUCAAUAUCUGCUUCACACCCAUUCUUUACAUCUUUGUUGGGGAGAAGUUCCAGGAGGUCUUCAAGACAUCCAUGCUUGCCCUGGUUCGGAGUUUUGUGGAUGAUCCCAUCACAUUUGCCGACAAUGUAAAUACAGUGGAAGUGGUACUGGCCAACAUUCAGAGGGACAUAGGUCCCUCAUCGCUCAGCCAUGGUCAGGGAUGA